AUGAGUUGUAAAUGGACUGCAAGAAUUUUUUACCAUAAUUAUCCUAAUGAUCCUUAUAUAUAUGCUCAAUACACUUCUGGAGGAAAAAAUUUUUGUUCAAAAUAUAAGAUAAUAACACUCGGACAUUACCCACAGAAUAUUAAAUAUACACAAAAAAAUAACCAUAAUGCUGUUCAAUAUCCGAUACCAGAUGGAUAUAAUGUGAAAACGGAAAUUGCAGAUCAAAUGCUAUGUUGUGAAACAAAGUAUACUUUGGCAAAUAAGGUUUUAUACACUAUUACAUGGAAAGAAAGACGAGCAGAAUGGAUGGUAUCUAGUGAGCGAUCUGCUAGUGGGGCUGUAAAUGAGUUCCUAAAGAAAACUAAUCGUAAAAAAUCUCAAAUUUCUGGAGUACAUGUCUUUGGAUUUGAUAUUAAAAUAUUGCAUCAAUUACGAAUUGAACAACCUAGAGAACUAUCAACUGAUAAAAUUACUAUUGAUAAAAGAAAAAGACCACUUAAUGAAAUACAAUCAUUGUCACAGCAAAACAAACGAUAUGCAUCAUUUGGAAGAGAUGCUUACAAGAAAGUUAAAAACCUUAUCUUAAAACAUCGAAUGGUCUCAGAAUCUGAGGAGCCAAUUUGUAUACGUAGUAUGGAAUUAGAAAAUGGGAAUAAUAUCAUUAAUAUAAAAUAUAAUUCAUUAUUGGAUCUUACAAGGUUAGAUGCAUAUGUACGUGUAUGUGAUGAGACCUUAUUAAGUCGUGAUGGGUAUCGAAGGCUUGCAACUAUAGAAGCACGAUUGAUACGGGAGUAUCAAGUUGCACAUAGGCGAAUUGAGAUCACUAAAUUAAUAAAUAACCAAAUAAACAUUGGAACAUUUAAUCUUGAUAAAGGACUUGAUCAGCAAUCUAUACUUGAUGAUAAUGAUGAACCUCAAGGUAAUCCUGAUGGAAUUAUAGUUGAUGAACAAGAAGUUGGAAAUGGUGUUUAUCGAUCAGUCCGAACCCUUCUUCAAACACUUAUUCCUAUUUGGAAUAAAUCAGUUCCACCAAUUCUACAAUCAGGAGAUACAAUAAAUUUAAAACUCAGUGGUGAUGGAAGAAAUGUGGGUCAUAAACAGAAUCAUGUGAUGCUAACUUUCUGUCUGUUAAAUGAAAAAGAUGAAGUGUUAAAGCCAGACUAUCAAUAUUGUGAUUGGAAGUUUAUGUAUAACGUAAUGGGAUUAAAUGCACCAAACUCAAAAUAUUUUUGUUUAUAUUGUGAAUGUGAAUCUAAUAUUCGCUGGGACAUGAAUUUAAAGUGGCCAAUUAAUAAAAAUACGCAAUCUAAGAAAAAACCCGAAUUAUUUCCUGUUAUCAAACAGAAAAAUUACAUUCCUGACGAACUACAUUUAUUAUUACGUAUCUCAGAUGUAUUGAUGGAAUGUUUUUUUAAUAACUUAUUUAAAAAAAAGGAAUUUGAACGGGUAAUUAAAAGUCAAAUCGAACAAACUAUGAAAUCUAUUCAAGUACAUUUUGAAUUUUUUAAGUCACAGGGUGGAAAAUGGGAUUGGACUUCGUUGAUGGGACCUAAUAAGAAAAAAGUUCUACAACAUUUUCCAGUCACUAAUUUUAUCUCAGGAAGACGUGGUGAAGAUAUUCAAAAACUUUGGCGUGAUUUUUACGAUCUAUAUAUGUUUAUAAGACGAACAGAUCUUAAGAAUUCCGAGAUUGAUGAUUUUGAAAUUAAAGUAAAAGAAUGGAUUUAUUUGUUUUGUAGGCCAAAUCAAGGUCAGAUAAAUUCAUCAUCACAAGUACCAGGUUUAUACAGAAAGGAAGAUGUCACACCGUAUAUGCAUAUCUUUUCGCAGCACAUUCCUGAAUUUUUGCGAAUCCUUAAAGAAAAGAAUUUGUCAUUGCAGUUUUUUUUUGCUUCAAGUAUUGAAAAAAAAAAUCAUAACCAGGUUCGGUUAUUUUUUGGUGGCACUACUAUGGGUGGCGGGAUUAAAGGAAAAUCUGUAGUACAAGAUAUAAUGGAAUUUGAAAAUCGUCAGCUAUUUUAUUUGCUUAAUAAUACUUCGCAAGAAAUCCAGAUACGAAAUAUUAAUGCAGAAGAUAAAGAAAACAACAAUUAA